AGUUAUAUAGUUUGCCCCAGCGACUCCAGUGGGAGUGGGUGACGGGACUGGUCGGAAAUAAUGGCGUCCGAUGCGAUCGCAGUCGACAAGGCAGUGCCGAUCGAGGGGGAUAAGGCGGAAACGCCGCCGGCGGAGACAGAGGCGUCUCUGUUCUCAUCCUACAUCGGCCUCAGCUUCGCCUUGUUCCUGGGUCUCCUCCCCAAGUUAUCCCUCUCGUACGUGUCGUCGCUCCAGUCCCGCAACCGGAUCCUCGCUACGAAGUUAUUCGAGGCCGAGGACCAGCUCCGAACGCUAAGGUCUCGGGGGAAGGAAGAUGCCAAGGCCAAUGCGCGAGUGGCCGAGAUCUUCGCGGGCCACCGCGCCCGGUGGCAGCAGGAGGACAGGCGCCUCCUCCUCCGUGUGGAUGCCGCCGAGGCGGAGAUUUCGGGUUUGAGGGCGCGAUUGGAGGAGACGGAGCGAGAGAGGGCGGAUCUUAACGCCGCACUGCAGAGGCUAGAGAGGGAAGUGUCGGAAAGGGACGAGAUGCUCGAGUUCAUGGCGAGGAAGGAGGAGGGUGGUGGAGGUGGGCUCGAUUCGGUGGAGGAGAGUGGUACUGGAGGGGGUUUCACCAGGGUUAGGGUUCCGGAGGAGAGGUUACUGGCAAGGAAUGGAAAAUUGGUGGCGAUUCAGCAGAACAGCAAUGGAAGGGAGCUGUUCAUGCCUUCGGAAGACAUGAAACAGUGGGCAGAUCAGUCUAGUGGAUGGCAGAAUAUGCUGUAUGACUCACUUGACACAACAAACAGUAUGAAGCAUUUAGUGGCAAGGCGGGAAUCCCCUUGGAAGGUUGAUAGUGAAUCUUCUGGCAUUUCCACUAAGCUUAAACUUCUUGAAGAAGAAUUGGUUUACCUGGAAAAAGUCGGGGCUGGAGAUUUGUCCAAAAUAACUUCAUUGAUGAGGAAGCAAGCAAAGAGAUAUCAAUCUCUUGCUGGAAAAGUUGAUGCUUUAUGUAGGAAAAUGAGAAUGAAUGAGCCCUGCGACCCGACCCUAACUCCAGAGUUCCGAACACAACGACAGACUGAGUUCUUGCUCGAAGCAUUUCGCCUGCAGAAUUGUGCAUCGGAAACAAGACAAAAGCUGAGUUCAGUACAAGCGGAGUCGAUAAGAAGGCCAUUAGGAGAUGGGUUGACAGCAGAAGCUAAAUCAAGUGCAAGAAAAUCAUUGGACUCGGUGAGGAACAAGUUCAAGGAGAUUCAGAGGAGCUUAGAGAUUUGGUUAGCAAGAACCAUGGGGGAUUUGGAGGGGAUUCUGGCAAGAGAUGGCGCAUCGCGUGUGAGAGAGUACUGCUUGUCGCCGUUCCCCUUUGUAUAUUGAGUUCGAUCAACCUUGUAUUUCUAGUUUGCUAAUUUAGUUUUCUUUUCUGCCUCGUUA